AUGCUAAUGUUGGCGACUUUUGCUACUAAGCUUGUGUUUGAACCAUACACUAGUUGUCCGCAGUUGGCGCAAUGGAAUCCGUGUUCAGGUCAUUCAUUAAAUUUAGUCGGGGUUCAUGCUGUAGGGAGUUGUUCUGAAGCUUCAAAUUUUUUCGCUAUAGUACAAUCGGUAUACAAUUUUUUCUUGGCGUCAACGCAUCGUUGGGCAAUUCUCAAACGAUGUGCUCAAGAAAAAUCUUUGACUUUGAAAUCUCUUUCGACAACUAGAUGGUCGGCUCGCGCUGAUGCUGUUUCUGUUUUAAAUCAAUGCUUAUUCCAAAUAAUAAAAGCAUUGAAAGAAAUUGAGGAGAACAUUAGUGAAAAUCCUAUCGCAAGACAAGAAGCAAAAGGCAUCCGAAAUCAACUCGAAAGUCUCGAAUUCACUUUCAUGCUUUCUUUGUGGGAUUAUCUCCUCUCAAGAUUUAAUGCAGUUAAUCUUAGACUACAAAAUGUGAAGAUAAGCAUUGAUGAAGUUGUAAAUCAGUAUGAAGCUCUCAUUAAGAUUGUUGACGAAACUCGGGAUCAGUUUCAUUAUUACGAAAAACGAGCAUCAAACAUGUCAGAAAUCAAGGAAUACCGUUCUGAAACAAAGCGUCAAGGAAAGAGAAAACUCAAAGCUGAUGAGACACGAGACGGGGAACUAGAAUUGUCUGCGCGGGAUAAAUUUAGAGUUGAUGCAUUUAACGUUAUUCUAGAUGAUUUGUUGAGCGAGUUGAAUAGUAGAUGUGCAUCAUACACAGAAAUCAACGAAAAAUUUGCAGUAGUAACUAAGUUUCAGAAGUUAAUUCCCUCCGAACUCCGCGAAAAGUCUGAAUCUAUCAGGUUAAUAUACGAUUCCGAUCUUGAAUCUACAUUAGGCGACGAGUUUGUGCAUUUUCAUGCGUAUUGUGUUAUCCAGAGUAUGAAAAAAUCGUCGCCUCUUGAAUUGCUGCAAUUUCUUCGCGAUAAUGAUUUGAACGCUAUUUAUCCCAAUGUUGAAAUAACAUACAGAAUGUUUAUUUGUAUGGCGGUAACGAAUUGUAGCGCAGAAUGGUCAUUUUCAUGUCUCAAAAGAAUAAAAACGUACUUGCGCUCGACAAUGACUGAAAAUCGUUUAAAUAGCCUAGCCCUUUUAUGUAUAGAGUCUGAGAUACUUAGGUCCUUAGAUUUUGAGGAUGUAAUCACGAAUUUUUCGGAAAUAAGAGCUAGGCGAAAGGGUUUUAGGCAAUAA